AUGGACCCUUAUGGGUUCUGGCCAUUUCCAGGUGACCUGCCUAUUGAGCAAUUUAUGCUGCGAAACUGGGAUUAUGGUUGCCCUCAACCCGCCAGCGUGCAACGCAUGCACCUUAUUGCUGAAUUCUUGAGACAGCCUCGAAUUCCACGAUCCUGGUACCACCCAGAGAGAAUCAUCCGACCUACUGAGGCUCAAAUCGACCUGAUUUUCCGAGGAUGGCGAGGUGAAAACGUUCGCCUGCUUGCUUGGUUCCUUUGGCAAGGAGCUCACGAGUGGCCUGUCCUCAUGAGAACUCACUAUGAUCCAACCCAGCCCCACCAUGAGUUGAUGAUGCAGCAGUGGAUCGCACUCGGUGAAAAAUACGACACGGGUCAUAAUCGCUGCUGGAACGUGAUCAACCACCCCAGCUUUUUCGGGAUCCCCGAGCGGAUUCCUCAUGAGUUUCCUGACUGGCGUCGGAUUUUCUCUCUGCUCCCUGAGAUUGCGGGCCCAGCAGCUGUUUUCCUUCCCGACUGUGACACGAUUCGCUGGAGUGAUCUUCCUCCAUGGCACAAGUAUCGGCGCGAUCUGUUCAAGCAGCAAAUCCUGUUUGAGAAGGAGUCCAAGCCACGUGAGUGGAACGAAAACCCAUUCCGGGUUAUUGAGAGAUGCGCCGCUGGCCUCCAGUAUGCCAUGGCUGCGAUGUUCAUCAUCGUCGUUGACCAGCAAGCCUUCGUCACCGGGCGCCCGAUGUUGCUCUACCUCGACCACCACGGGAAUGAAAUUCGCUCAACUCGGUUUGAGUUCACCGAAUUGACGCUUCUCGGCAUCACCAGCGACUGGUUUGCCGGCCACUUGACUCCUUGGAUGUGGGAGAGCAGUGAGGUUGGGGAGUGUUACGAGGUCCAAGGUGAGGUUGGUCGAGUUUUGUACCAACUCGACGAGCUUGACCUGGCCCCACCUACUCGCCGUGGAUAA